UCGUCUCUUGUGUUCUCCUGCAGUUCGGUUCGGUUUUUCAUCAGUCAGUCCAGUUUAGGAUUUUGUGCCGUUUCGAAGACGCGGGUCAUCUCUGCUCCGUUCGGUAUAACUAUAGUGUCCGGUCCGGUAUACGUUUUGCUUGUGUAAAUCGCUGUGCCGUUUGUGAGACUUGUGAGCUGCAUCAUCAUCACGGAAGGAAGGAUUGGGACGGUGCAGUGAAGCGAAUUUAGUUUUGCCAUUUCUAGUUCAAGAUUCGACGGUCGGAACAUCGACGGUGUGUGGGAUAAAAAACACGGGAGAGGGUGAAAACUCGGAAAAAUUGUCUGGCUGUCAUUAUUCGGAGGAAAUUUUUCCUGCUCAGUGUCUGUCUCAAGGGGAUUCCAUGUGUUGUGAUCCGAGAAGAGGAUAGUUUUGAAGCCACUGUGUGAAUAAGGCCUAAAGGUGUCCAGAAGGAAUAGUUAUUUGUGAAAUUAUCAAGCUUCAAUUACUUGUCCUGUUCUUGUUGUUUAAAGUCAAGAUUCCGUGAAGAAACAGUCGUAGGUGGUCGCUUUGGAAAGAAAAUUGUGAUUCAUAGAAGCUUGGAUAUUACGCAGGAAAUUUGUUUCUGACCUAAGAAGCUGAAGAAAAAAUUGUCUAUCGGAUAGAAACCCAUCUGAUGUCAUUGUUAAAAUAAGAACCACGAAACAGAAUCAGCUUUACUCCACCGAAUUCGAAGCAGAUAGUGAGUAACAACUGUUAUUGGAAGCGUAAUACACUGAAUUCAAGAUCCAUCUGAAGUUCGUCAUCAAUUAACGCCGCAGUUUUCUCCGUCCCAUUGAUUUUUGCGGUACUUUUUGACCCGUUCUAACGCAACCAAAGUGAGGCUUCAUACAUAUAGUGCAUUGAGAAAGCAUUCAGAGGAAAUCAAAGCAAGAAAAAAACCAUCAUCAUCAUUCGGAUAGUCGGCGGGGAAAGCAAAUUACUGGAGGAAGCAUAUUCUAUUCGGUCUUUCUGUUUCUGGUUUGCGAUUCGCAACAAAUAGAAAGGCGAAGGAGGAAGAGGAGGAACACGGAGUGCAACCCAGACAAUCAGCGAUCUUCCCCGCGAGUCUUGCAGCCAGGGAGCAGCCAACCCUAGAAAGAGAUCGCGCGGAUCUUUGGCAAACUGGCCGCGGGCCGCCAGCACGGUUAUUAAUGUGAGAAAAUGUCACCGGCAAGAUUGUCGCUUCGGGAGGAGGACAUUGUACGGUUGGCUUUGGAGUUUCUGAACAACCGCGAGUUGCACAUUUCUCAACUGUCGCUGGAGCGCGAAACGGGUGUCAUCAAUGGCCAGUACUCGGACGAUGUGCUCUUUCUGCGGCAGCUCAUACUCGACGGUCAGUGGGAUGAUGUGGUGGAGUUCAUUCAGCCAUUGGAAGCGCUGCAGAACUUUGAUAUGAAGCAGUUCAAGUACACCAUCCUUCGGCACAAGUACAUCGAACUGUUGUGUAUAAAGUCGGAAGCUGGUGGACUUGGAGGGCCACCUCUGAUCAAUAACGUGGAAGGAGCAGUCGAGGAGGUGGUCCAAGUGCUCGGUGAGCUGGAAAAACUCUGCCCCACCAAAGAAGAAUACUCAGCACUGUGUUUGCUGUUGACCCUACCGAAACUCGGUGACCACAUGCAGUAUCGGGACUGGAACCCGAGCAAGGCGCGAGUGCAAUGUUUUCGGGAGAUAUUCCCACUAGUGGAGAAGUUUUUGCCUGGCGAUAAGAAAGCCGGGGCGACUCAAUCGGUGUUUGCGAAGAAUGAUCGGCUGGUGCAGCUGCUAAUUAAGGGUAUAUUGUACGAAUCGUGUGUUAAUUACUGUCAGGUUAAGGCAACUGGUGCAGCGGAUGCCGCUGCACAUAAAAUCAAUUUUUCGAGGGUGCUGGAUGGAUCGAUAGGAUUCACCGACUCCGACCUAUCGUUACUCAGUUGGUUGCAAAGCAUUCCGGCGGAAACAUUCUCGGUUCCAUUCGAGCAGAAGACGCUCAACGUGGACGUGGAAAGACUGGAAAAACCUUCACUCGAAACCUCAUGGACUGAACAUAUGCUCAUCACUCCGAUCAAACCGAAAACGUUCCCCCAUUCUGUGAUGCCAUUUACGCGGCCCCGCAGUGCAGCGGACAUCAUGACCCGGUCGCUGCUGCCCUCGCUGGACGCCGUAUCAACCUGUCUCAAUCCCAAAGCACCAAACGAAUCGUUUCCCAUGUCCCGUUCGAGUUUUGCCAGUUUCCACUUGACCGGGAUUAAGCCAACGAGCGGCAAAAUGAUGACCUCCAGUGUAGAUCGGCUGUUCGAGAAUGGCGAUGGCGGAGACGUCUAUCGGAGCAGCAACUUCAGCGAAUAUCAGGGACUUCCAUCAAUAGAAGAAAUCGCUUCUGUGCAAUCGAAAUCUCCCGAACUGCAAGCCGUCGCUGGUGCAAUCGUGAAAACCAACGACAUUCACCAGAACAGUGCCGAGCGCGAUAGUCCCAAUACGAGCAACUCCACGGCGAAAAGCUCCCGCCGAGAUUCGCUAACGGAUAAGAUCGCCACCACCAAUCAACCAGUGCCAACGGGCCUUCCGCAUCACAGCCAACCUCCACCGCCACCACCCUCGAUUGGUCCCCCGGGACAGUUGUCCUCCUCGUCCGGAAUCCAUUCCGGGAUCAGUGCUAAUAGUGCCGGCAGCAGCAAUCACCAAGGGCCUCCACCACAUCCUCAGGUAGCACCACCACCGCCACCCAUCGGUGCAAUAUACGAUCACCCUAAAAACAACGAAAUCCUAGCCAACGGAGGUGGGGGCGAGCUGUACGAAAAGUUCAAACAGCAGAAGCAAAACAAGGAAAGUGAUUAUAUCAUGAACGGAAAUCCGACCAUCAUGCCCCCAUCAUCGCACCCCCCAAGUAGCAGCGGCCAUAGUCAGCAGAACGGAGGCGCCGCAACGGUUGGCAGCAGCAAUGGUCCUUCACGAUUAUCGCAUGUAACCGAUGAGAGCAACGGAAAGGAUUUUGAGCAGUCAGACCACAACCGGCCCAAGUUUGUUGCGGUGACGUCUUUGGAAGAUGUUCAAGCGGUGCGAUGUGCGGAGUUCCACCCCAACGGACGCAUCUACGCCGUUGGAUCCAACUCGAAAACCUUCCGAAUUUGCGAAUACCCCCCGCUUUCAGAAAUCAGUAAAAGAUGCGAAAGUGGUGCAAGUUGGGAGGACCACACCACCUACCAGCCAACGGUACUGUUCAAACGAACGAAACACCACAAGGGAUCGAUCUACUGCAUGGCUUGGUCCCCGGUGGGUGACCUGAUAGCGACCGGUUCCAACGACAAAACCGUAAAACUGAUGCGCUUCAACGAAAACCAAAAACAGCUGGAAGGCCAAGAGAUCGAACUCACGAUGCAUGACGGAACGGUUCGGGAUCUGUGCUUCCUGGAGGACACCUCCAACAAGUCCAGCCUGCUGAUCAGUGGCGGUGCAGGCGAUUGCAAAAUCUAUGUUACCGAUUGCGAAACCUCUACUCCGUUUCAAGCUCUGAGCGGACACGGGGGACAUGUGCUGUCGCUGUACAACUGGGGCAGUGUGAUGUUCGUCUCCGGAUCGAUGGAUAAAACCGUCCGGUUCUGGGAUUUGCGGACGCGUGGUUGCGUCAAUAUGGUUACCCCUGCUACGUCACCCGGUUCACGGCAAGGUUCCCCAGUGGCCGCGGUUUGUGUCGAUCCCUCGGGCCGUCUUUUGGUUUCAGGUCAUGAAGACAGUUCAUGUGUGCUGUACGAUAUCCGGGGUAACCGACCGAUUCAGUGCUUCAAGCCACAUGCGUCCGAUGUCAGAUCAAUUCGUUUCUCCCCAUCGGCGUACUACCUGCUGACGGCCGGUUACGACAACAAGCUGGUGCUGACCGACCUGCAAGGUGACCUGACGAUGCCGCUCCCAUCUGUGGUGGUUGCCCAGCACUCGGACAAGGUGAUAUCGGGACGUUGGCACCCGGUGGAUUUCUCAUUCCUGUCGACGUCCGCCGACAAGACGGCAACGCUGUGGGCUCUACCACCGAUCUAAAGAAACUGGUGAGGAGCAGUGUCAGGAGCAGGUGCGAUGCAAUUUGUGAAAUAAAUGGAAGAAUUAAUGCUAUUAGGUUUGCGUAUCGCACUUUUGUGGAGAGGAAGUUGGAGAAGUUUGUGGAAAUUGUUAAUCGUUGAUCGAUUUGCAAAAGUGUGUAUGAUAAACAUAGUCUAUUGGACAAACAAAAUUAUUUCUUAAUAUUUAAGUUGACGCAUGAGAAGAAACGUGUAUGUGCAAGUAUAAAUUUAUCCAAACAAAGUGAGGGUAAUGCAACUGCAAUAUAAAAUCGGCAAAAUCUCAAACAAAAUUAGCAGAACAGUAUGGACAACAGAAGCGGGAGUGGUUUAUGUUUGGAUUUCCACGAGCAUCGUAACAAACAGAAACAACUCGUUUCGGUUUAGCAAGCUGAGGCAGUCUUGUAAACGGUGGAAAAAAUAAGCGAUAAACGACUGUAACAGAAUCACCAUGUAUUGUAAUAGUCAUUAACUGAGUUACGUAUUAACGCCUGUAAGUUACACUUAUUAGAGUAAAUACUAAAUAAAGAACAUUAGUUUGAAACAAGUGACGGGGAUGGUGAAUAGGAACAUGACCGUUAAUUAUGUCAAGCAUAAAUGCUAAUGCUGAACUCUGUCCCCCUCUUCAGAAACGCAUCGUCAAGAAAUUCGUGUAGCACUGCUUAUUUAAAUCCAUUUCAUUAUGUUAAACUGUUGCAGGCUGAUUGACUCGAUCUCACCAACAUUAUUAUGGUUCGCAAUGCUGGGUAUAUCAUCUAUCUACAAUACCAUUUUUCCAUAAAGGCUUCCAAAAUCAUUAUCAUAUGUCUUUGAGAGCAAAAUAUAAAGCUUUCAACUGUUUCUAAGAUGGACCAAAUUGAUUCCAUCCAUGUUGAAAUAAUACGUGUGUUGAAAGCUUAUGUUGAAGUUUUGAAAUGGUUUUCAAAGUAAACACAAAUCUUUAACAUAUUUGUAUGGUUUUAUAUUUUUUCGUUUAUGUUUGGUUUACAAUAUAUUAUUCAAUUGUUCAAAAUUGUACCAGCAAUCACAUUUCGUGCUAAUUUAAAAUUAGGAGGAUUGACAAAGCUUAAUCUAUUCUCAAUACAAAUUUUUAAAAAACGUAUUGUUAUCAUAAAUUUUGGUGCAAAAAUGGCUUAAGCAACCACUUUUCGAUACAGUCCUUAAGGUGAUUAUAGAACGAAGCCACACUUCAAAUUUUCAAGAGCACAAGACUUGAGAACCAAACAGCGCUCCGCGUUGAAAAUUUAUCCCAUUGGUCAGCACCAGCAAGCAAGCAAUUUGAUUGAUUUUUUACGCGAACUGUUGUCAGAUUCUCCAGUCUUGUGCACUUGAAAAUUCAAAGUUUGGCUUCGUUUCAUAAUCACCUUAAGUUGAAAUCUCAGCAGCAUUACUUAUAGGACUUAAAGUUUUUCUUAAAAUAAAUUGAUAGAGUUUAAUUAAUUUACUCAUUACGCGGGGUAAAGAUGGAUAAAUUAUUAGUGAAAUUAUGAAAAAAUCUCCGUGCUCAAGUGGGAUUCAAAUCCACGACACUUGUAUGGUAGACGAAUUCUUUAUACUUACCAAAAUUACCUAAUAAAUCUGAAGGUUACAAGAUUCGAAUUCGAAUUCGAACAGUUCACGCAACCCUUAAUAAGCAAUCGAUGUAAAUAUAAGAAAUAAAGAAAAAACCACUCCACUCUUCUAACCCAUCAUUAGGGUUGUACAUUUUUACUCAUCUUCUUUACGAAUUCCCCAACCGUAUUGGGACGUACAUCCGUCAGUUUUGACCAUCUCUCGAAGGCCACUUCUUUCAUCCUUUUCGGGAUAGAACCAUGAUAGAACCUUGUGAUGUACAUGUACCAGUCCAAGGCAUCACGACUGGUGGGUUCUCCCUCUAUUGCCCCUCCUAGUUCCGACACGCUAUCCAGAUCGUCGAGAUCUCCACCUCCUUCUUCUACAUCUGAGGGCUCCGGAGUUCCUGAUCGGGAUCUAUCCUCCUCCUCUUCUCGCGGCUUAGGCUGAUUCUCCUCCUCAUCUUUAAAUUCCUGAAGACGCUUCCGCAUCUCAUCCAUAUAAUGACGCGCUUCAUCUUCGACCUUUUUAACUGCAUCUACCUCAGAAGCUCUAUAAAACUGCAUCUGGAGGGAUCCAGUGCAUGAAUGUGCGUAGAUAAACAGGAUGGCGUUAUCAAUAAUAGCUUGUAAUCCAGAAGGUUGAAAAUAUAUCGCGUUCACGGAUCUUGCCAUAGGAACUGCACAGCCUAUCAUAUGCGUAAACAUAUGAAGACCGCAGUUCAAGGCCGCCGAAUACGGGCUCUUAUCUACAAUCCCGAGCCCCGAAAGAUACGGACUGUAAGAGUAGGGCAGACAAAUUUCUUGCCCUGGAAUUGUCAUUCUGUUCAUGUCCGACCGCAGCACAGGAGUCAUCAGCCACCUUGAGAAGACUCUGGUUGUGUGAUGCAUCAGCUCACAACCUGCAGUGAUCGCCGAUAGACCCGUGCAAUCCUUAUGGGCCAUGAUAAGAGUUCCGAAACGCAAUUUGGCCCGUUUGUGUUGAGGGAAUACGGCAAAAAACAUGUCGAUGCCGCAAACGAGUUUCACAAAUUCCGGAUCAGCGUAUAACUGGGCAAAAUUCGUUAUUGCCACCUCGACUCCGUCGGAGAAGUCUGGGUUGAUCAGCUGGGAUUUGAGGGCAGUUUGAAGACGGUCGAUGUAUGUUUGGUUCGAAGCCAUGUGAAUUCUGAACCCGCCGAGGAUCAGAAGGGCUAGAUCGUGUUGCAUGUCCUCUGAAACUUCUCCUUGGCUCGACCUGAUAUUUGUAUUGAUCUCUGUAAUCCUUACCGUGAAUACAUCUAGUGGGUUAAUCGUGGAAUCCUUAUACCCAAUCAAGACACCGAGCGAGACCCAGUCAAAGCGUAAGACACCAGUAAUUUGUCGACACAACAGUUGUAAAAAGGUUAAGGCAGAGAUGAUGGAAACGGAUUCUCGACGGUACAAGUUCGUAAUUAAGUGGUAGUAAUCAUUCAAAGUUGCGCCGGCACGAGGCCCCGGCAGAGUGAUUGGCGGCUUGUUCCACCUGUUGUUAACGAACCACUGAAGUGGGUACGUGGGUGGAAUCCCCUUUUCGAGACGCAUUUCCCGUAUCGGAUUGGAUCCGAUUCCCCGGACGACAACAUCCUCAUUGUUUUCUCCUGCAGCGUCAAUGGAUUGAGCUUCCGUUAAUCCACCAGUGACGAGAUAUUUGAUUUGGUCAUUCAUCGAUUCAACGAAGCUCCGAGCGAGCUCCAGCUUCGGCAGCACACGAGCAUAGUUAGUCGUACUGUUAGACUCCAUCGUUCUUCGUUUGAAUAUACUCAACGUUUUGAAAUAAUCAAAGCUAAGUAAGACAAGAUUCCUGUUCCUGUUCCCUUCUGAAAAGCCAUAUCCAUCCAUUUCAUGUAUACACACGCGCAGAGCGAGUGCGAUUUAUUUAGUGUUGAAACUGUUUGCUUAUCAUAAGGCGUAAACUGUUGGGAUUUGAAUUCGAUACUUGUAACAUUCUGAGUUUUUGGGUCUCCAUGUGGCUCGGUAGCUUAGUUAGUGAAGCACUCGUCUAGCAUACAAGAGUCAUGGGUUCAAAUCCAGCUGAGCACGUUUUUCAUAAUUUCACUUAUAAUUUAUCUAUCUUUACCACGCGUAAUGAGCUAAUCAAUUUGAAAACCAUGCGUACUGGAUUGCCGAAUAGCUCAAUGUGUCACUUAAUUUAUUGAGUUUAUCCAAUGUUCAUAAUGUAAAAGCCUAGUAUAAUUAUAAAUCAAUACUUCAACCAAAAAAAGCUUCUCACAUUUGAGCGAAUUGUAUUUGAACUAGCAUCGUAGAAUCGUCCUGCAACAGUGUUACAUGAUACAUUUAUAGUUAUUUAUAAAAUUAUAUUCAACAGAAUAAGUCCCAUAAGUUUCAAAUCAUAAGUGAUAUUCGAAUUAAACUUCCAUAGGAAAGUCUCUCUGUCUUUUCUGGUGCCGACCUCUUAUAACCAAUCUCAUUUUAAAAUCAGCCGAAAUGAUGCAAAAUCUCAAAAUUAUUGUAUUUGCGCUGCAGAAGAAAUUUAUUUAUGUCGCUUCGUGAAGUAUCUACAUUGUAUUGUCAAACACUCUUCUAUGACAAUGGUUUCUAACCACCUGCUCACUGGGAGGACGUUUGUUUCCAUUAGUAAUAAUUAAAGACCGCUAGAUGAUGCAUGCAGAACACAAGAAAAAAAUGUAAUUUAUUACUACUUACGCUAAUCAUCAUCACUAGCUAGCUUUUAGCGAUAGAAAUUGUGUAAAAAGGCAUUCGUCAUAACCUAGGCAUAUUUAAACAUGAACAAUGAAUUCUGACGAUUAUUAUCAUUUAGCUGUUGAUUUUGUUAAUAUAAUAUUAAUAACUGCUCUAACAUGUAAGACCAACCAAAUUAAUACAUUAAAACGGCGUACACUCACUCGGUUUUUACAACUGAUAACCCGCGUAAAAUGACAUUUUUUGUAACAUAUGACACACAACCACAUGAGAAAAAAAACUUAAACACAUUUCGUUUAACCGGUUCGCUUUCGGAGGAAUGAUUCCAAAAUUCUACCAAUAAGAAAGUAAAUGGAAAGCGCUGACAUGUUAUGAUUGUAAUAUAAAUAAACGAAAAAUUGUAAACUA